AUGGCAGAACUCUUUCCCUCCGAUGAUGACACAAUCAACUCCCCCGCCUGCCCGGAAUCUCCUACUCUCGGUGAAAACAGUUUCGAAGACGCAAUCUCAAAUCCUGCUUCCAUACAAACCUCGUCUGAAACAGCAAGCCAAAACAGUGCUGGGUCACCCAGCAGUUGUGACGCACCACGAUCAGUAAGAAGCGGUCUAAGUUUAAACGGAACACAAGGGAAUGGAUAUGGAAUUUCAAUAAACUCGCCUACCACAUUUAAUAAUGCUGACCGAAGUAUACGGUCUACUCUUCCACCACAAAACGCUAUGAAUAAUGGUUACUUAAUAAUUAAUUCGAUAUAUCCUGGUGAUAGAUAUGCCACAAACAACAGCACUAAUAAAGACCAUGACAAUGUACACCAUUCCCAUCGCCAUCCCCAUCCCCAUCGUCGUAAAGAUAAUUUACCAAUCCUUUCCCCGUCGGUUGCGCCUGCUCCUGCUCCGGCAAUGUAUUGGUCGAGGAUACAGACACAUGGAAAACCAGGAGUACGGCCGUUGAGAGCGCAUACAGUCAACUUGGUUGGUGAAUUGAUGUUCGUGUUUGGUGGCUGUGAUGCGAGAACUUGUUUCAAUACAGUCUAUGUAUUUGAUGCAGACACAAUGUAUUGGAGUAGGCCAAAAGUAUAUGGUGAUCCGCCGCCAUCUUGCCGUGCUCAUUCUUCAACACUUGUCGAUAGGCGUCUGUUUAUAUUCGGGGGCGGUGACGGCCCAAUAUACUUUAACGAUCUAUAUGUGUUUGACACGGAUACAAUGACUUGGUCAAAACCGGUGACUUUCGGUCAGGUACCAAGCCCCCGACGGGCACAUACGACAGUUUAUUACAACAACUGCAUCUAUGUAUUUGCUGGCGGCGAUGGCGUGCGGGCCCUUAAUGAUGUAUAUUCUCUCGAUAUCUCAGACAUGAGCAAUCUUGUAUGGAAAAGAUUAGAACCAGAGGGAAGGGCACCUACCUCGAGGGGAUAUCACACUAGUAAUUUAGUUGGAAGUAAGAUGAUAAUCUAUGGAGGAAGUGAUGGGCACGAUUGCUUUCGGGACGUACAUAUUUUAGAUUUAGACAAGCUCUAUUGGAUUGAAGUACAAAUAAACAAAUCUUACCCUCGCCUAUCGCACACAUCAACGCAAGUCGGAUCGUACCUCUUUAUCGUCUGUGGCCACGACGGUACGAGGUACACGUCGGAAGUGUUACUAUUGAAUUUAGUAACAAUGGAAUGGGAAAGUCGGAGAGUGUACGGUGUGCCUCCAACUUCCCGCGGCUACCACACUGCCGUCCUCCAUGAUUCACGAUUAUUCAUUUUCGGUGGUUACGAUGGUCAUCACGUCUUUGAUGACGUGUAUGUAGUUGACUUGUCGGCUUGCGCAUACUUACCGCAAAUCACGACAUUCCAACUACCAACCGACUUAUGA